CACUCAACGAUCUUGUAAUUUUUUAGAAUUUUAGUGAUUGAAUUUAUCAGUUAAUUUUGUUAAACAACUAUAAAUUUAUAAAAAAAAGUAUAGGUAUUUUAAUUUAAAAAAAAAAAUAUUUUUUUUAAUUUUAAAAACAAUGAAAAAUUCCCGCCUUUGACUGAAGUUUCCGGCAAUCAUUUUGACAAGAAAAACACAAAGCCUGGAUUUUUUUGUUAAAAAAUUAAGAGAGUGACAAAACUAUUGACAGUUUGACACUUGGAUACAAAAAUUUGUCAAUGUUUUAAUUAAAAAUAAAAAUAAAUAAAUGAAAAUAAAUGUACCGGUAGCCGGGAGAGUUGAUUAUCCGAUUGGAGUAGAAAAUUGUAGAAAAAAAAAAUAAAAUAAAUUGAGCAUUCAACAUCAUCAAAGGAGAGAAAUACAAUUGUCCAUUACUAACUCACAUCGUCAUUGCAUACAUCAGUGUACAUCAGCCAUGAAGAUUCAAGAUUGUGUUGAAAUGUCAGUAACUUGCUGUUGAUAAAAAAAUUUUGUUAUAAAACAUAAAUUGUUAUUAACAAUAUUAAAAUUAAACAAUCAGCAUUACCAGUGAAAAAAAUAAACAAGAAUGAUGGAGGAACCAAUGAAUCGUGAAAAAUCAUCAAGUGAAGAGACAAAUUUAACAAAAAAAAAUGAAUCACAUUCAUCAAUACCAGCAUCAUUAGAUGAACGUUUAAUUGAUAUAACAUUUAAAAAUUCAUUAAUAAAUGCUCGUACACCACCGACAAAAAAAGCUAAAAGAAUACGUUUUUAUCGUAAUGGUGAUAAAUUUUAUAAUGGUAUUGUGAUGGCUGUAACACCAGAAAGAUAUCGUAGUUUUGAUAGUUUAACAAGUGAUUUAACACGUGCAUUAAUGUCAAGUGUAACAUUACCAAAUGGUGUACGUUCAAUACACACAAUGGAUGGUAAAAAAAUACAAAAUAUAAAUGAUCUUGAGGAUAAUAAAUCAUAUGUUGUAUCUGGACAAGGUGAACCAUUUAAAAAAGUUGAAUAUUCAUCAACAAAAGUAAGACGUGGUAAUUCAUUAUCUGGUUUACCACAAUCACCAGCAUAUACAACAACAACAACAAUAUCAUUAUCAUCAACAGGAGCAUCAACAACAAUACCAACAACACGUCAAAUAAUAACCAUUCCAAAUUAUGUUAAAGCAAGAAUAAUAACAUUAAUACGUAAUGGUACUAAACCACGUAAAAUAAUACGUUUACUUAUUAAUAAAAGAAAUGCACCAACAUUAGAACAUGUAUUUGAAGCAAUAACAGAAGUUGUUAAAUUAGAUUGUGGUGCUGUACGUAGAGUAUAUACAUUAUCUGGUAAAUUAAUUAUUGGUUUAGAACAAUUUUUUGAUGAUGAAGAAAUUUUUUUAGCUUAUGGUAGUGAUAAAUCUGUACAAGAUGAUUUUGAAUUGGAUAUUGAAGAAUCAAAAUACAUACAAAGUUUUAAAAAAACUGGACAAUAUUCAUCAAAACAACGUCAAAAUGGACCAAUGCCUGUUAUGCCACGUAAAAAUGAUAAAAAAAUAACAGAUGCACCAUUAAUUAGAACACCAAGUCCAUCAUCAUUAGGACUACCAACACCAUUGAGAUUUGAAUAUUCACUUGGACAUAUUAUUGGUGUUGGUAAUUUUGCAAAAGUACAUCAUUGUGUUAAUAGAACAACAAAUAUUGAAUAUGCUGUUAAAAUUGUUAAUAAAGAAAUGUGUCAAGGUAAAGAAACAAUGUUAGCUAGUGAAGUUGAUAUAUUACGUCAAGUUUGUCAUCCAAAUAUUAUUAGUUUAAUAUGUGAACAAGAUACAUAUAAUCGUUUAUAUUUAGUUAUGGAAUUAAUAAAAGGUGGUGAUUUAUUUGAUGCAAUUGCUGCUGUUACUAAAUUUUCUGAAUCAGAAGCAAGUGUUAUGCUUGGACAUUUAACAUCAGCAUUAGCAUAUUUACAUUCAAAUAGUAUUGUACAUCGUGAUAUUAAACCAGAAAAUUUACUUGUUGAAAUGGAUGGUAGUCAUGUUAAAUGUUUAAAACUUGGUGAUUUUGGUCUUGCACAAUUUGUCAAUGAGCCAUUAUAUACUGUUUGUGGUACACCAACAUAUGUUGCACCAGAAAUAUUAGCUGAAACUGGAUAUGGAGUUAAGAUUGAUGUCUGGGCUGCUGGUGUUAUACUUUAUAUAUUACUAUGUGGUUUUCCACCAUUUGUAUCACCUGAUAAUGAUCAGGAAAAAUUAUUUGAAAGAAUUUUAAGUGGUCGAUAUGAAUUUACACAACCAUACUGGGAUCCAAUAUCAGCAACAGCCAAAGAACUUAUUGCUAACAUGUUACAAGCUGAUCCUGAAUUGAGAUUUACUGCUGAAGAUGUACUUGAUCAUCCUUGGCUCACGAGAUUUUUAGGAGGUGAACAAACAAUUGGAGGAAUUACAACAACCAACAAAUCAUCGGAGCAAUACAGGAAUAAGCAGUGUGAGUCGAUGAGGUUUACAUCAAAUGAAUAUAUCAACAAGACAAAACGUUGCCAUAGCAUCAGCAACAUUGAGAAUACGACAAGCAACAGCAUCACGUCAAUUACGUCAAGAAAUUGGUGGUUCAAUGUCUCGUCUAUCCACGAAAAUAAAAAAAACAACAACAACAACAAAUCAUAUACCAUCAACACGUCCAAUAAGAUCAAUGGAAAUGACAAGAAUAAAAAAAUAAAAAAAUUUUAUAAUUUAUCAAUAUCAUUAAACAAUAUUAAUGAUUAUUAUAAUAUAAAUAAUAAUAAUUAUAAUAAAUUAUCAAUUAACAGUAUUUAUAAAAAAUAUAAUUCAAUGAAAAAUUUACAUUCCGUUAUUAAAUUAAAUGAUAAUAAAUUGUCGAAUAUUCAUUCCAGUAUUUUGAAAGAUAAAACAACAAAAGAAAAUAAAUAUUGUCAUGAUAACAAACAUAAUAAUAUACAACAACAACAACAGCAACCAAAGUCAUUAAAAAAUAAUAAAAAAUUAAUAAAUAAUUUAACAAAUAUUGAAACAUCAGAUAGUUUUAUUAAUAUAAAAUUUUCAAAUGACAAAAAUACAAAUAAUACAAUAUAUUUUAAUGAUACAUCAGAUGAUAAUUAUUAUAAUAAUGAAAUUAUUAAUAUUAAUUGUGAUUCAUCAUCAUCAUCAAUUGAUAAUAAUCCAAAGAUUAAAAAAAAACAAUUUUACAAUAAAAAUAUACCAAAGUUAUCAUCAUCAUCAAGAGUAUCAAUGAUACCAGUUGUUGUUAAUGGACAAAAAUUAUCAUGCACAUCAACAUCAACAUCAACACGUAGUAAAAAUAAUAAUGAUAUUGUUAAAUAUCGUGAAAAAAAUAAUGUUAAUGAUUUAAAUAAUAAAAUUAAAUUAAAUAAUCGUAAAACAAUUGAUAAUCGUUAUAAAAGAUACAGUUGUUUACCACAAUAUUUAGGUAAAAAAAUAAUAACUGAUAAUAAAUGUCAUGAUGUUGUUGAUAAAUUUGAAAAUUUUGAGUCAAAUAAAAAAUGUUUAAAAUUAAAUAGACAUAGUUUAUAUUAUACACCACAAUUGACAAGAAAAUUAUAUGACAAUGAUGAUGAUGAUAUUGUUUGUAAAAAAAAUAUUAAUAGUAAAAAAAAUAGGCCAAUUAGUUUAAAAUUAAAUGAUCCUAAUACAAGUAAAUAUAAUAGUAAUAAUGAUGAUGAUAAAGAUCAUAAAAAUAAAUUUAAACAAACUGUCAAUGUUAAAGCUUCAAAUUCAACACUGCCAAGUGGAAAAAUUUAAUAAUUUACGUUUGGCUUAGUUGUGGUUUAUUUCAUUUUUUUUUUUAAUUUAUAAAUUAUGAGAUAUUGACUGAAAAAAUAAUGGAAAUAUAAAGAAAAUUGUUUUAAAAAAAUUAUUAGAAAUUUCGAAAAGUUUGACGAAAAAUUAUUAUUUAUUUAAGGAAAUUAUUUAUAUUAUUUUUCUUUUUUUUUUUUUAAAUUAAAAAAAAAAACUAGUGUGUCAGGAUUUAUUAGAAAUUUUAUUGUCUUUUAUUUGUUAUGUCAAAUUUUAUUUUGUUUUAACAGUAAAUAUCUCAUAAGAUGUUUUUUGUUUUUUGUUUUUUGUCAUGUGCUUCUUGUAUAACAUGCCAAAUGAGUUUAUCGACAAGUUUUUUUUAGAUCUUUGGUGUUAAUUAUUUUAGUUGAAAAGUUUUCUGUGAAAUGUUAAUUAUAAUCUGGUAAUUUAGAUAAUUUUUCAAAGGUAGAUUUACAAUUUUUAAUAAAGUUUUUAUUACUUCAAUGACGAAGGACAACAUGUGCUAGUGUAAUUUAAAAAUAAAAAACGAAAAAUGCAAUAUACAUAUAUAUUAAUGUCAUGAUUAUGCAAAUAUUUUUGUACUAUUUUCUAGUGAUCAAUAAAACACUUGUGCUGCAAAUUAAAAAAGAAAAAAAAAGUAAAUUUAAAUAAAAAUUAAGAUUGUAUAAAUAUUUAUCUAUUUUUAUUUUAAAAUUCAUUUUUUUUUUUAUUUUUUGGAAAUUGUCCUUCGUCAGGAAUUUUACAAAGCCCAUCCUGCCGCAUUUUUCAAACGCACAUGCUUAAUUGAUAAAUAAAUAAAUAAAAAAAAAUAAAUAUAUAUAAAAGAUACUGUAAAUAUAUUGUUUAAAAAAAUAAAUGUCAGAUGAUUUUUUAUA